AUGGAUGUUUAUGUAAGGGAACCUCUGGAACUGGACCACAAGGUGUGCACUGCAGUCUACUGGCUUGCUUCCUCUGCCGAGUAUAGAGCUAUUGCUAAUCUCUUUGGGGGCUUUGAAGAGACUUGGGAUUUCCCUAACUGUGCGGGUGCCAUUGAUGGAACACAUAUCCCAAUCAUCGCACCAUCCUUGGCACAUGGUGACUACCUGAAUAGAAAGGGAUGGUACUCCAUUCAUCUGCAGGCAGUGUAUGACCAUCGGUACAUCAUAACGAACAUCAAUGUUGGCUGGCCCGGCAAAGUGCAUGAUGUCAGGGUUUUUGGCAACUCAGAGCUGUACUACAAGGGGGAGACAAGUGACCUGUUGCCAAAGUGGACAAAGCAGCUGCUACUACGCGACAGACAAGUGCUAAUGCCAAUCGUGAUUGUUGCUGAUGCAGCCUAUCCUUUGAAACCAUGGUUUCUAAAACCAUAUACACACAUUGCGAAACUAUCAAAGGUGCAAAAGGAAUACAACUACAGAUUGAGUCGUGCACGGAUGCCUACAGAGAAUAUCUUUGGGCGUUUGAAAGGACGCUGGACGUGCCUAAUGAAGCGUUUAGAUGUGGAUGUUGGCUUUGUUAGCACUGUCAUCACUGCUUGUGUCAUUUUGCAUAACUUGUGUGAAAUGCGUCAGGAAAACUACAUGUGGGCUGAAAUUUGA